CAGCUUUACAGCGUGAAAACGAUGCUUUAAUGGAUCUGCCCUUCGGCACACAGACUCCGGAACUAGACGUACUAAUUGUGGGAGCAGGUCUUUCGGGUCUGGCAUCUGCCCUGAAAAUCCAGACCAAGGAAAGCACCCUGAAGGUGAGGAUCAUCGAGGCGAGUGAUAGAUUGGGAGGCCAACUGGGUCAGAAUGCGAUCCGAUUUGUGGAUGGCGAGCAGAAGGACAUGCUGGACUUCUUAACCCUCAUCCAAUUGUCACCCCGGCGGAGAAGGAGCGACAAUGACAGGUUGCGAAGGUGCUGGGAUCUGGAUCGAGGACUCACCGCUCUGCCGGCCAAAUUCGAACUGGGACGAUACAUCGAAAUGUUGGACUUACGGAUGCCAAAGUUUCGCUCGAAGCGGUUCAACCUUCGAGAACGAGUGUCCAACAUGGAUCAGCAUAUCUGCCACCAUUUGUUCUUUAACAAGUCGAGGAACUUUAUGCUCAACCUGGUGGAACUAGUAUGUGGUCUUCCUGCCAAUGAAGUGGACUACGAUGUCUUCAUGUCCGUUUGCAGUUCUUGUGGAGGCCUCAAAAUGCUGAUUGACUUCUAUUUCACCCACCCGAGCAGCUUUUAUGAGGUCUCCACGCAGCAACUGAUCGAGAACAUUUUGGAGCAGAUGCAGUUCACCACCGUAACCCUGAACUGUAGAGCCGUGAAAGUGGAACACUUCAAGAACUAUGUCCAGGUGACGGAUGAGCGGGAGCAAAAGCACACGGCCCAGGCUGUGAUCCUGGCCAUACCCUGGAACAAGGUGCAGCAGCUGGAGUUCGAUCCCCGCAUUCCGAAGGCUUUUCUGCCACCUUUGGCCACCAAAUCUGGGCACAAUCCCCGCCGCCUGAUCACCCAGUUCCACCUGCGAUAUGGCAAAUCCGUUUGGGCGGAACUCGGGUACUCCGGAAACUUUCUCAGCUCGCAACCGAUGGUCAGCGGACACGAGUGUCGAAUGUCCACCUUUUGUGGCUACAUGCUGCACUCGCCGGAGGAGCAGGACGAUGUCCUGGAGGACCUGAUGGAUGCGCUGGCCGAGCAGUUCGGGGAGGAGAUGCGACAGCCCCUGGAGUGCCAGUGCUCCACCGACGAGCUGAGUGUGGCCAUGCACAAGCCGCAAACGAAGCCCUGGCAUCGGGUGAUCUGGUCCAGUUCCUCGGCCGUGGGCACCAGCUAUCGCAGCCUGAUGGGUGGUGCGGUGCAGAGUGGUGUCCGGGCGGCGGUGAAUGCCCUCUUUGUGGUCCGUCCCCAGGUGGUCAGCUGGAAGGACAUGCUCGACGAGCGGCAGAACAGGACUACCCCGGAUGGGGUUCGCACUGGGAGACUCAGGGGUCUCCUCAGUCGCCUCAAUCUCUACAACGUGACCUUCUACAGCUUCUUUGUUCUCGGUCUCAUCUGGCUGCUGAAUCUUGGCUACGGCCGGGCAUCCGCGUCCUAGAGGAUUACAUGUGUGCCCAUUGAAAUUAAAGUGUUGGUUUUUUGAAUGCGACCUUGUCGUCGUCACCCACGCCUUA